UAGGUAGGUAGGUAGGUAGAUAGGUACACGGCGACACUGAUGACCAGGUAUGCAGAGGCGCGAGCAUGAGUGUGCGUAUCGUUCAUCGACAUUGUGUCGCAAUGAGCUAGUGACUCACGGGUUCACAGACGAGCGGGAGAGUGCUCCGCGAAACGAUCGAUCGGGCAGACGGACGAGAGGAAGAAAGGGAAAGAAAGAGAGAGAGAGAGAGAGAGAGAGAGAGAGAGAGGGAGAGGGAAAGAGACGCGACUUCCAGUGAAGACGACCAACGAAGGAACGAGCGAACGGAUGCGGCGGACGUGAGAGCGUGAUCAGAGGCCCGUUCGCGCGCUCCGGCGUCAUGUAUCCAGCGACGAGCCUGCUGACGUCGCUCGCGAUCAUCUUCUGGGCUGCGAGCACGCGGACACUCGCCACCGCCGACGCCGAGACGCGUCCUGUCGACGUCGGUGGUGGUGGUGGUGGUGGUGGUGGUGGUGGCGCAGUGGUGAACAUCGGCAAGUGUUGCGAGUCCGAGGAGAUACUGGUGGACGACCGGUGCACGCCGUUGAAGGAGACCAACGAGACCAAGUGGCAGCCGGAGUUCGCGGGGGAGAAGUCCGACUCGAGUAAGUCCAAGUUCACAGAGCCCAAGUACCAGCUGACGAUCGGACGGCCCCGGUGCGCCUCCGACGAGCACCAAUGGCCCGUGUACUAUUAUCCGACCGGACCAGAUCGUUUAGCGAUCUUGUCGUCCGGCGAGCUGCGCCACUACAUCGUCGACUGGACCAACAGCAUGGACGAGAAGCGGGGUGUCUACGGCGAUGCGACACUGAGUCUGGAGGAGCCUGCGAGCAUACACCACGACUAUGAGUUCGGUCAUUACUGCGCCGACAAAGCCGUGCUCAGCGGCGAUCAUCUGGUGGCCACGUACGCGAUGCUAUGCGUGCCCACUGUCGCUGUGCGAUGGUCUGAUACCAGUUACCUCCUGAGACACGCGGUCGACCCGGCCUUCCACGCCAUAUCCAUGGCCUGCUACCUGGUCGUCGCGGUGAUCUACUUCGUAUUGCCGCAGCUGCGCGACCUCGUCGGCAACAUCAUCACCAGCAUGAUGCUGUGUCUCGUGGCUAACCAAUGCGCCUCCACCGUCAGGAUAUUCACCGAGUUCGGCAAUCACGUCAGCUUCAUGAUCGCCGACACGAUCAUGUAUGUCUCCUUGAUGGCAGCCUUCUUCUGGCUCAGCGCCCUUGGAUACUACGUGUGGAACACGUUCAAGUCGCGCAACGUCUUUCUGCGGGUGACCGACGGUAGGAAGUACUGCUACUACUCGUCAUGGGUCUGGGGCCUCACCGUGUGCAUCGCCGGCACCGCGAUGUUCGCUCACUUCGCCUUGGAGACGGACAAGCCCACCGUGGGCGGCACGACUUAUCCCGUGCAAGAGACGGUGGGCUGGCUCGGCAUCACCGUGAUGUUCAUGUGCAUCGCCUUCACCGUUAUAAUCGAUCUGUGUCUCGUGCUGACCACGGCGAACCGGAUCAAGCGGAUGAGCACGUACGGGCGGAUUCAUCACAAGAUGAAGUACAGCUUCAGGAUGUUUGUUUUGUUGUACGCGAUCAUGAGCGCCGGCUGGAUCUCACUGUUGUUGUCGCGGCUCAAAUACGAGCCCCUGGUGUAUUGCCACAUCGUCGUGAACCUGUUGCAGGCGUUGCUCGUGCUCUAUGUCUGUGUGUUUGGCCAACGUAGGGUCACGUUCUUGCUCGGGAAGACGUGCAACUGCUGCAAUCCCAGCGACAACACCGAGGGCCUCGACUGGGGCGAGGAGAUGACGGCCAUCAACGCCGGGUACUGACUCGCUCGACACGCGAGGAUGACUGCGCAUUCCGCACAACAUGCGUAACAAGAGAGACAUUCCGUACGAUCGCCGAAACACAAUUGAUGAAGCUCGUAUACGCACGAUCAAAUUGAAAGUAUAUUCUUCGUAUCAGUUGUGUUCAAGCUACCCGUUCAUUUUAAUCAAGUCAUAGCUUAUCGUUGUAUACCUUUUUGCAAAUUUUAUGAUUCAUAUGUGCGAUAGAUAUACACGUGUACAGGGUAAUCUAAGGAAAGACUUGAAAAAUUCCACGACACGCAGUACUCGCAGAAAUAGGCAAAGGGAUACCUAAUCAAGAUAAGUCGUGAAGAAACGCCUGCUGAUCUUUCUCUAAAGAUGGAAACAAUUUCCGAUUUUACCGAUACAACUCACGCUGAUCGAUCUUCGUUCUUCUCGUUGGUUUUUGCGAAUAUCGUGUGUAUUUACAUUCUUCAAUUUUUCUCUAGAUCAUUCCGUAUGUCUUUAAACCAAAAUGCAUUCUUUGUAAAGCGUAAGAGUUGCGUGGGUGUGUCGUUUGCUCGAAAAGGAAACAGUAUUAUGGAUGUAAUAGCGUUACUGCAUAGGGAUAGGCGCGAGGCGUGCAAGCAAAGAAUACGUAAAAGGUGUACGUAUAAAUACUCGAGACAAUAUUGGAUUAUAAAAAGAGACGUAUUGUAAAUAAUGACGCG